AUGAAUGUCAUGGGCUCGAAGAUGUUUGAAUUGCAUUCCCUCAUUCCAAAACAAUUCAAUUCAACUAUUGAAGAAUUGAAGGGCAAUUGUAAUUUGCGAUUGAUGAAAUACAGAGUUCCUGAAAUCAACAAAGAUUGUGGAAUUGGCUUGGCACCUCACACCGACAAAACUACCUUAACCAUUUUAUGCCAAAAUGAAGUUCAAGGUCUUGAGGUUCUUACUAAAACAAACCAAUGGAUUAAAUUGAACAUACCCCAAGGAGGCUUUGUUGUCUUUGUUGGUGACAUACUCAAGGCAUGGAGCAAUGGGAGACUUCAUGCGGCUACACACAAAGUGAAGAUGUUUGGAGAUAAAGAAAGGUAUUCAGUAGGACUACUUUCUAACCCAAAGAAUGAUGUGAAAAUUGAGGUGCCACAUGAAUUGGUGGAUCAAAAAAUGCAUCCUCUUCGUUACCGCUCAUUCUAUUAUGGGGAUUACUUAGACUACUUUUGUUCAACUUUCAAAGAAAAUGCACUAGAUGCAUUUAUAGGCAUUUGA